AUGUCCACUGAUAGCCAGAUACAAGAGAACCCACAUGAUCUGUGUGGUGAAACGGAUGCGGACUCUGAAGAUGUGGGAAGUGGUGGUAAACGGCAUCACAUGAGAUCCAGCAAGAUUUCUGGAGUGUACACGCCUGACCAAAGGGUGAAAAAGUUGUUUAAGAGCGAGGAGAAGGUUGAGUAUAAGCCCAUUGCCAAAACGAAUCGAACACAGUUUAAGAAGUUUGCCAAAAUUUUGAGGGAAAACCCCGAGCAGAUGUGGGAUAUCGCUACCGGUCACUCUGUGUGUAAUCACUUCUUCCUUGAAAUUGCUGAACCGGGGAAAUGGAUGUCUGACGAGCACAUGCAUGUGAUUAUGAACAUGUUGUGGAGGCGUCGCGGGAUUUAUCUACAGAAGGAGAGGAUGGUGAUCUUGGAUCAGUACUUUAUAAAAACCAUUCAGUCAAACUGGAGUGCCUUUAGCGCAGACAAUGAUAAGCUGCAGUUCGAAUGGGGGAAAAACGUAGCACAGUAUGUGACAGGAAAGAGCAAGGGGCAGAAAAUGAAGUUGGGACUUGGCCGCGAUGUCGACACCGUGUACACCCCGAUGAAUUGGGGUGGAGAUCACUGGGUUGGUCUCUGCAUUAAGCUGACUGAAGGUCAUGUGACGGUAUUUGAUUCCUAUGUUCCUCAUACUGAGAUCGAGGUUGCGGAAGGACAUAUGUGUUCGGUUGUACAGUCGUUGCCUUAUAUAUUAGAAAAAUAUGCGGGGCAUAAAUGCUAUAAGGUGAAGGAAGGUCUUCGAAUUUACUCUUGGAGCCGCGCAGAAGGCAUUUAUCACAACAAAAGGGGUGGCGACUGUGGGCCAUGUGCUGCCAAGUUCAUAGAGAUGCAUGCUGCCGGCUUAACGGAGGAAAUGAGUCGGAUUACCGACAAAGAUGUUGACAGAUUUCGAGAGCAGUAUGCAAUGGACUGCUAUGAAGAAUUCGUGGGCGAUGCUAAAGUAAACAAUGAGUAA